AUGCCUUUCAACUGCCAAAACCUCACAAAAGAGGUUCCCGCACACGCCAGUAACCCUCCUUCGUGGGUCGAAGGCAGAGGGCAAAUGGUUUAUUUUAAGGACUGCUGGUAUUACGUUUAUGAAGGCAACAACCACAUUACACCUAUCGAAAAGUACGAAAACUGUAGCAAGCAAGGAAAAUUGCCACAAGGGACGGCGAUUUUCAUUGGAGGCGGCAGACUUGGCAAUUGGUGGGAGGAAGAAAUUACUGAAUGA